AUUGAAAUUAAUUACAUCAUAAUUCCUUUUUAAACGCUUAUCACUUAUUUGUAAUCUUCGCUAAUAUUUUCCCAAUAUAUUAAUCAAAUAAACUUAUUUAGUAUCAGUAUAGAAUUGCAUCAAGAUGAGUACUCCUAAAAAGAUGAAAACUGAAACGAGCGACGCCAUUUUGAACAGUGAACCACCAGUCCCUGGGAAGAGGGAGGAUUACAUUAACUGGGAUGAUUUCUUCAUGGGCGUUGCAGUUUUGGCCGCUCAACGCAGCAAAGAUCCCGAAACGCAAGUUGGAGCAUGUGUGGUAAAUCCAGAGAAACAAAUUGUUGGAGUAGGCUAUAAUACCAUGCCGUAUCUGGGAGAUAAUAAAAAUAAUGAUGAUCACGAACAUUUUCCUUGGAAAAGUUUGGGGAAAAUAUUUACUAAGCACGAAUAUGUUUGCUACGCAAUAACGAAUGCAAUUGUGAACAAAAAUCCGAUGAAUGCAAGUAAUGGCACAAUCUACGUGACACUAUUUCCAAGCAAUCAAUGUGCCAAACUGCUUAUUAAAACAGGAAUCACUAAAGUAUUUUAUUUAACUAAUAAAUAUGGCAAUUUUCAGGAAAUGAAGGCAGCGAAAAUUAUGCUGGAGGCAGCUAAUAUUGAUGUUCAGCAAUAUACUUCAACGAAUAGUAUUUUAUUAGAUUUUUCACAAAUGUAAAGUAAUUUAAAAUAUGAUAAUAGAUUUUUUUAUCAAAUAAACUGGUUAGGGGCUGUCCAUUAA